GAGUUGAUUCUUAAUCAACGAACCCUCUACAAACUGCAUCAAGAUAAUGAUUUUGAAUGGUAUUUCAUUGACUGUAAGCGUUCACUUGAGGUAGUUAUGAUUGACAUCAAGUCUUCACAUUUGGGAAAUACCUAUUUCAAGUGUUUUGUUAGCGAUGUACCUGUGACUUUACAGGAAUCUUCAGCUUGUAACACAGAAACUACCACUCUUCCUGGAAAAGUAUAUCUAAGGAGAACACGAGGUCGUUUUUUUACAUUUGCAUUGAAAGAAACCAUAACAGGCGACAUGUCAUUUCUGGUUUUCAUAUCAAGUAUAGAAGCUCAAAAUGGUGAGGCAUGCUUUGAGAGUAUUGAAUUAGACGACGACAAACAGGUACCAAAAAGUCAGCUCACUGUUUCUUCUGGAACCACAAAACGAAUACCUACAAAUACAAACACUAUUUUUACUGGUUGGAUUCAUGAUGCUACAGAUCCGACACCGUGGAUUUUGGUGGAUUUAAUUGCUGUAACAACAAUAGAAGGAGUUGGUACUUACGUUUCCAAAGAAUGUGACAUGUGGGCUACUUUCAGGUUAUAUGUCGGCAACAAUAAGGAUAAACUACAGUUAUACAAGGACAUGGAAUUUAAAAUAUUCCCACCUGAAAACUUGUGGAACAUAGAUCAAGUGUUUAUUCUUCCAAAACCAAUCCAAGGAAGAUACUUAAAACUCAAACAUUCACACGAAAUGCCAACAAGCAAAUCUAGAUGUCUUAAUUUCAAAUUGUUCGGGUGUAAACUGACACGAAUAACUGACAUCCAUAGCGACAAAUCAUCUGAAAUGAUGCCUCUUCUUGAACAUGGAUUGCUAUCUGGAGAUUCAACUGUCUUAAAAACAAAUCUUACGAGAUGUAUCGAACUUUGCAGUAUUCAGACUAUUUGUAGAGUUGCCAGUUUUAAGAACCGGGUGAGACGGAGGGACCGGGUGAGACGGAGAAAAGGAAUUUGUAAUCACUACAUGAAUAGUCCGAUUGGAUUAUGGAAAAGUAUUAAGAUAAUCAAUGAUAGGCAUUGUUUUGCAAAACUUCAAAACAUUGUACACAUGAUAUCGUUCCCUAGAGCUAAACACAAAGAUGGAUCAUUCUUUGGCCACAUACAGUACGUAGAUACAGACUCAAUUAUAACUUCCUUAAGUUACCCCUUUAGGACAAUUGUGAACAGUGAUCUACAAUGGAUUGUAAACUUCAAACCACAUCAAUUUGCCAAAAUGGUUUUCACAAACGUCACUUUAUCAGAG